AUGCCAAUUUUGGAUUAUGGUCCUAAUAUUCGAGAUGAAGUGAGGAGAUAUUAUAUAAACAAAGGGCCUUGUCAACCGAUUGGUCAUGCCUUUCCUAAAACUAAGAUUGGGAGUAAAAUGCGUCAACUUAGUCCCACUUGGUUUAGGGGACCAUAUUCUCAAUGGUUGGAGUAUAGCAUAAAAGGAGAUACGACAUUUUGUUUGUGUUGUUAUUUAUUCAAGAAUGAACUUGAAAGCCAUGAAAAUGUAGGGGGUGCAUUUACAAAAGAUGGUUUUAGGGGUUGGAACAAGGGUGUGGAAAGAUUCAAAGCACAUGUUGGUGAAGUAAAUAAUAUCCAUCACAAAUGCUUCAAUAGGAUGUUAGAUUUGAAAAGUCAACGUCAAUCGAUUCAAUCUUCAUUUGAUAAGCAAAGUGAAAAAGUAAAAAGUGAUUACCGGAUGCGCUUAAAUGCCUCAAUUGAUGUGGCAAGGUUUCUUUUAAUUUCAGGAUUUCCAUUUCGUGGACAUGAUGAAAGUGAAGAAUCUGAAUAUAAAGGUGGCUUUCCUAAACUUUUAGAAUGGCACGGAGAUCGACGUCCAGAUGUAGGAAGAGUAAUAUUACGUCAUGCUCUACAAAAUGAUAUGAUGAUUUGUAUUCAAAAGGAGAUUGUGGAGGCAUGUGCGAAAGAAACAACUAAAGCUAUCAUUGAAGAUUUGGAUGAUUAUUAUUUUGCAAUAUUGGUUGAUGAAUCAAAGGACGACUCGCAUAAGGAGCAAAUGGUCUUAAUUUUGCGAUAUGUCAACAAAAGUGGAAUGGCGAUAGAGAGAUUCUUGGGUAUUGUCCACGUGGGUGACACUUCUUCCUCAUCAUUACAAAAAGCAAUUUAUUUUUUGCUUUUGGAUCAUUCAUUAAGUAGAUCCAAGAUACGUGGACAGGGCUAUGAUGGAGCUAGUAAUAUGCAAGGAAAAAUAAGUGGUCUCAAGUUUUUAAUUUUGCAAGAUACUCCCUCUGCAUAUUGUAUUCACUAUUUUGCUCUUCAAUUAUAA